GCUCACCUGGGCACAGUGGGCAGCGAUUUGGCAUUGAACCCUGACUGCCCCACCUGCUGCACCGGCUGUUCUGCGAGGCUGUCGCGCAACCAAAAUCAACCAACUGGAGAGUCGCAGGGUGGUAGCUAGGCAGCCUUGUGAGAAAGAAGGCGCUGCAACAUGUAGAUACUGCCCUAGCCAUCAACAAUUCCACGAAGGCAUAUUUCAACACACAUAUACCUAUCCUCCGAUUCUUUUCAGGCGAAAGUUGAAGGAUUCUUGGGAUGAAUAUUCAGUUGUCAGUUUGAGUCGUGUUGAAGUCUCGCGGUCCGAGCAAACAAACGUUUCGUCCAUCAAACAAGGAUUAUUAGGCGCCCCUCCAGGAUGGCCGACUCAGAUGGCGAGUACGUCGACGAGUUCUCAGACGACGAUCUGGACGGCCACCGCGUGACAUCAGGCGCCGACGCCAGCUCCUACGGCACGCGAUCCAAAUCAGCCCCCGGCACAGGGACCAAAGGCGAUGGCCGGAAAGCCAAAGGCAACACGCGCUCAAAGGCGGCGUGGGAAGACGUCCAGCGGUCCUGGGAGCACGUGGUUGAGACAGAAGAUGGCGCUAUCACCAUCGAAGCCCUGAUAGAGGCCGAGAAGCGCCGCCGGGUCAUGCGAGACACCACGCCGCUGCAGCGGGGCAUCAUCCGACACCUCAUGCUCGUGCUCGACAUGAGCUUCGCCAUGGCCGAGAAGGACCUGCUACCGAACCGUUACAUCCUCGCCCUCAACUAUGCCGUCGAUUUUGUGCGCGAGUACUUUGAGCAGAACCCCAUCAGCCAGCUGGGCAUCGUCGGCAUGCGCGACGGCAUCGCCGUCCGCAUCAGCGACAUGAGUGGCAACCCAGCAGAGCACAUCGAGCGGCUAAGGACAUGGGCAGAACAACAGGAACCACAGGGCAACCCUAGUCUGCAGAACGCACUCGAAAUGUGCCGCGGUGCCUUGUUCCACACGCCCUCCCACGGCACACGCGAGGUCCUGAUUAUUUACGGCGCCCUCCUGUCCUCCGACCCGGGGGACAUCCACGACACAAUAUCCAACCUAAUCACCGACCGCAUCCGGGUGUCGAUAGUCGGCCUCGCUGCACAGGUGGCCAUUUGCGCUGAGCUGUGUGCGCGCACCAAUGCCCCCUUUUCCAACAACCAACCCGGUCCCAUCAGCACCACCGCCAACGCUACCAACUACUACUCCGUCGCCCUCCACGAGCAGCAUUUCCGCGAGCUGUUCCUAGCCGCCACCACCCCACCGCCCACCCCCGCACCACCACCGACCACAACCACAAACACGUCAGCAGGGACCGCGACCAACGCGUCCCUGCUAAUGAUGGGCUUCCCCUCGCGCGCGCUGGCGGCCAAGGACGGCGUGUCGCUCUGCGCCUGCCACCACCGGCCCUCGCGCGAGGGGUAUGCCUGCACGCGCUGCGCCGCCAAGGUCUGCCGCCUGCCCGCCGACUGCCCCGUGUGCGGACUGACCCUGAUCCUCAGCACCCACCUGGCGCGGUCCUACCACCACCUGUUCCCGCUCCGCGUGUGGGUUGAGGUUGGCUGGGCCGAGGCGGCAGCCAGGGUCAAAGCUGCUGGCGGGCCGGCGGGGGCGGGGAGUUGUUGUUUUGCCUGCCUGGUGCGGUUUCCCGAGGUUCCGCAGCGGUUUUUGACGGGGAGCGGGGCUGCUGCUAGUACUGGUGGUGCUGCUGGGAAGGGGCUGAAGGCUGGGGGGAAAGGGGAGAAAGGGGCUGCUGGUGGUGAGGCUGCGGGCGGGGGCGCGGGGGGGGUAGAUGGUGCUGCUGCUGCUGUCGUCAAGGGGGUCAGCGAGAGCGGGCGGUACAAGUGCCAGGUGUGCGGGAAUCACUUCUGCAUCGACUGCGACGUGUUUGCGCACGAGAUCAUUCAUAACUGUCCCGGCUGUCAGAGCGACACGCGCGGACCGGCAGAGCGGAAUGGGGAAGCCAAUGGCCAGCCUGAUAACGGC